AUGCAAAACAUUGCUCACCCAAGCCUUUCAGUCAAAGGAGUCAACGGCACAGGUGUUACAGGACUAAACGGGAACAACAGUAACAUAUAUGUGACCAGCCAAACUACAAUACCCGACAACUUUAUAUUUGAACAAGUCGACCCGAGCCGAGACGAAGAUGAUUCUGAUUCAGACACGGCGGCAGGUUUUGGCCAAGUCAGUCAAGGACAUGGCUUUCAGCAAAAUACCUCCAGUUCGGAUCUCAAACCGGGGAAAAAGACGAAAGGGAGAGUUAAGAUCAAAAUGGAAUUCAUUGAAAACAAGUUGAGGCGCUAUACUACGUUUAGCAAACGGAAAACCGGGAUCAUGAAAAAGGCAUAUGAGCUCUCUACGUUGACUGGCACACAAGUUAUGUUGCUGGUUGCCAGUGAGACAGGCCAUGUGUACACAUUUGCUACACGUAAGCUGCAGCCGAUGAUCACCAGCGACAGUGGAAAGGCUCUGAUUCAGACGUGCCUAAAUUCUCCAGACCCUCCACCAGGCACGCCGUCUGGGAAUGUUCUAGAACAACGAAUGAAUCCUUCUGGAUUUGAAGAAACGGAUUUAUCUUGUGCUAUUGGGGAAGAAGACCUGCCUAAGGCUGCAGACUCAAGCAGUGACCAGAAGCCAGUGUUCCCCAGUUACACACAAGUUAGCAUUGGUGUUAAACAAGAACAGUCUGUAGCACCCAUCUUAAGAGAAGUUGCACCUGCCUCACCAGCCACACAAAUAGUCAGCCAGGUGCCAACCUUUACAGUACAAGCUUUGUCCAAGGACGUCUCAGGGGAUAUCAAACCUGGAACCGUCAGCUCUAAUAGUGCCACCAACAAUAAUGCUCAUACAGCCAACAAUCUAACUAUGCAGAUACCAUUCAUAUUUCCCCAAGGUACAAUCUCCAUGUUGCAACAGGGGGGUCAACAUAUUACCAUGUCUCAGUCAUCACAGUCCACAAGUGUCUUGAAACCUGCCACUCUCAGCCAGGUGGUUUCUGCUCUCAGUAAUCAAAAUGUUUCCAGUAAUCAAACUAACCACAUGAGUGACCUCAAUACACCACUUCCUGUCAGCACACCCUCGGCUAUCAACAUUAUGCAGGGCAUGACCCCUGGUAUUGUAAUGUACCACACACCUCAAGGAGUUGUGUAUGCCACACCCACUCAGAACAUUCAUGACAGAACCAUCUUCAACUUUCCUCAGCCGGGAACAAUAUCCAUGACACAAACAGAUCAGUCUUCAGGUCAACAAAUUAUCACAUUUCCUGUACCUGUUUCUUUGAGUAGUGCUUCAUUAUUACAUUUGGCUGCUCCAAGUAUUGACAGUUCAGUGGAAUCAACACAAGUUGUCCAGCCACCUCCUUCAAAAAAGUGCAAGAAAUAA